GCCACGAGGUCCCACGGGAGGAACGGAGCAAGAAUGUGACUGGCGAACCGUACGAUGGAGAGAGAGGCGAACAGUGUGCGAGAGAGGGAGUUUGGUUAUCGUUCGAAGAGGGGAAUGACGCCACGUGAGAGACAGGGAGGGUGAUAGUAUCGCUGUCCUUCUUCUGGGCACAGGGGCUCACCAAAGGAGAGCCAUAGAGGGGUGGAGAGAGGCGCGAGAGUCACGGAGAGAGACGGGAGUAUCGUGGUGGGUUCGUGCGACGGAGAAAGAACGUCGAGGAGCGAGAGAAUCGGUGGUAGAGCGAGACGGCGAGUGAGAGCGAGCGAGCGAGAGAAAGCGAGUGCGCCCGUCGACGGUACACGGAGUGGCGGAGUGGCGGUACACGGGGCGCGAGAAAAGCAGUAGUGUGCCGUGGACCACCGCACUGGCAUACCGUGGUUCGUUACGAUCCCCUGCGUACGCUUCGUAGAGACAGCACAGUAUCAACGAUUCGCAUUUUCCACGAGUGCUAGUGUGCAGUGCCGACAACCUGAGAGUCAAGGCGAACCGUCGCCGUUGUCAUCCUCGUCACUCUCGUCGUCGUUGUUCUUCAUCCUUCUCGGCGUCAGCGUCAACGUCGACGUUGUCGUCGUUGACUUAUCGAUCGAAGAUAUACGCAUUAAAGACACCUCGUUAAAGAUCCCGAGGAUUCGUCAGCGCGCUUUAAUAGGUGGUCCGAGGUGCAGGUCGCGUGCCACUCGACCACCGCCACGUCGCGCGCGCGGUUUAGGGAGAGACAGAAGGAGCGCGAGGGAGAAAGAGGAGAGAAGCCGAAGCAGUUUUAUAGCUCGUCUUAUUACCCGGUUUAUUGCGUCGUAACGAUUUAACGAUCAUCGCUCCAGUCGAGCGACGGUCCCUGGUAGCGGAGACCGUAACGAGCCCAUAAAGCCAUGAGUCCCAUUCUCCGUUACGCUUCUACGGCCUAUUGACAUUGACAUUGGUCCCACCCACAGCUCGAUGACUUUUACGGCCUCUUAAACGGUUUAAUGUUUGCUCGACAUUCAUACCCAUACGGACCUGUCGCCCUACCCGCCAUCCACGUCCACGGUCCACGUCACGCAACUUGCGACGAGGUGUCGCGAGACUCGCCAAGGUAGCCAUCCGUCCGAACGUCCGAACGGUGGUGACAGGCUUCCGGGCACAGGACCAGCCAGGAGGGCCCGGCCAGCCGAGGGCACUCUCGACCCGCCUAGACGGCAAAGACACCGGGACGGGCAAAGCCAGUAAAGUUGGGCGGACGAGUAGCUCAGAGAGGCCAGAAGGCAAACGAACGAACAGGCAGGCAGGCAGGCAGGCCGAAAGCCCGCCUCCUUCCUCCUGACGCUAAUAUACAAGAUUUUUCCGAGUGUCGGUGUUACAGUGCAAGUGAUCCAAAAUACCAGGAAUAAUGAACUCGUACUUUGAGCAGAGCGCGGGUGGCUUCUACGGGAGCCACCAUCAUCAGACGGGGGCUGCGGGUCAGCACCAUGAUCCCGCGACAGCCGCGGCCUAUCGGAGCUUCCCGCUUGGCCUUGGCAUGUCACCUUACGCAUCCACCCAGCAUCAUCAUCACACCUCCUCGACCCUCGGGAUCCAUCCUGGAAGUGGUACCAACACGAGGCCACCCCAGGACUCACCCUACGACGCCAGCGUCGCUACCGCCUGCAAGCUCUACUCCUCGACACCGGAAGCCAGCGGUCACACGACCUCCUCGUAUUCCUCUUCCGCCGGGAAGGAGUGCAAGCAGCAAGAUCAGGCCGCACAUCAGAACGGAUACGCCGCCGUGAUGGCAGCGGCUGCCGUCAAGGACGUUUGGCAGUCGGCGACCUCAGGGGCGAACAGCCAGAGCAACUCGGUGGUACGUCCUUCCGCGUGCACCCCUGAGGGCACGAGGGUCGGCAGCUACGGCGGCCUCGUGGGCGGCGAUCCCGCCUCCAGUCCUGGUAACAACGGCUCCUCCAGGUCCCUCACGUCCUCCUGGAACACCUGCAGCCUCAACUCGACCGCGAGCCAACCGGUCGCCACGCAACUCCAUCAGCAACCUACCGCCAACCAUACAUUCUACCCCUGGAUGGCCAUAGCAGAUAUGACUGUCCGCGGAACGUAUUAUCCAUUGGUGGGAAAUAUUGAAGAAGGUAAGGACGAUAGCGCUAAACCCUAUUGGACCUGGCUGCAAGGAGCGAACGGGCUGCGCAGGCGCGGCCGCCAGACCUACACGCGCUACCAGACCCUCGAAUUGGAGAAGGAAUUCCACACAAACCACUACCUCACCAGGCGGAGGCGGAUCGAAAUGGCACACGCACUCUGCCUGACGGAAAGACAGAUUAAAAUUUGGUUCCAGAAUCGACGGAUGAAACUGAAGAAGGAAAUACAGGCGAUCAAGGAAUUGAACGAGCAGGAGAAACAGGCUCAGGCACAGAAGGCCGCAGCGGCGGCAGCCGCAGCCGCGCAUCAACAGCAAGGGGGUGGCGGAGGACCCGAAGGGGGUAACUAGGGGUACGCCCUGCACCGGAGCCCUCCUGACCACCCUGCCGCCAAUCCACACCACCCUCUGCUAGCACCGCAAUGUACACAGCUAUACUAAGGUGAGUGGCAAGCUGCAACCACUGUUUCCGUAAUGCCAAAUAGGUAUCCGUGUGUAUCAGUCGAUAGUCAGUUUAUCGGUUGCGGCGAAUGGAUGCUGCACCCGGUGAGUGACGAAUCCUGGACUACCGUAGCUCACUUGCCCAACACCCCAACACCACCCUUAAAAAAAAAGAGCAAAAAAACCAAUCAGCCAUACCCAAGCUCAGUACACCACCACCACCUACCAGUUUAGCAGUACAGUAGGACCUGGCCUAUUCUAGCCUAUCGUAGUGCAGUAGACAGUAGAUCGUUGCGAUCCCGUGGGUAGGGUAUAUGUGUACAACUAGGGAAGGUUGCGAAAGGAUUUUGUUAGAGAGGGAUUGUGGUUGGAGGGCGUCUCUGACCGAUGGGGAAGAGAAGGGAUUAGGAAGGAUAAUUAAGGGUGGAUAGAGGCGACACUCGGUCGAGAAUCCAAAAUACGUAAAAUGAAAAUGAAAAAAACCACGAAUAUACGUAAGUAGCUAGAGACUAGAUAUUAAUGUCCGUUGGAAGAAGAGAUACGUGAGAUGAGAUAAAAAAAAUAAAUUAAUUAAACGCGCGUGUAUUAAUUACCGAAAAGAAAAAAAAAAGGAUAAACAGAGCACAUUAACCACGUGUUCUGAAAACGGAGCGAUGCAAAGAAAUUUUUACGAUCCCGGUGAACGAUCUCGUAUAUGAAUUUUUACUGUAGAAAAUCGUCGAGAUUCCAGAUGUCUGUCAUUUGUUAUUGAAGCUUAUAUAUCUUGAGUGAUCCCACGCAAUAAAAAUAAAGCGCCCGCUCAAUGAUUCUCUUCGAGAGACGAUGAUUUGACGACUGAUAUGUUGCUGUUAUUAUUAAUAUUAUUGAUAUUAUUAUUAUAUUAUUAUUCUAUUAUUAUUAUUUUGUUACUUUUUAUAUAUCUAGCCAAGAACUCGUUUAACGGGAGUCGCUCUUACCCGGUGACGCGACGCCCGGCGUCGCGAUUUCGAUCCUCCGUCGCCACGUAAAUCAAUGCGAACCGAGAGCGAUUGUUCCGUGUGUCGUUCGAAUUAUAUUAUAUUGCUGUUCGAAAGUUUUGUUGAGAUAUUAUUAUAGUAGAGAAACAUUAUUGACGUACUCGGUUUAGUACCUGCGAAGAGAGCAAAGAGCGCGCGCUGCAUGACAGGUCCAAGACGGCGAUUUUUCUUUUUUUCACUUGGAGUUAACGUUAAAACGGGAGAAAUAUCUACCUAUAGGUCGUCCAUGGCGAAGCGUGACGUAAAACAGGAGGGGUCGAGGAGGAAUGAUAAUGGGAGGGGGAAGGAGGUAAAACAUAAAAGGAAUAUUAAAUGAGAGCAGCACGUACAGAGAGGAAAAAAAAAUACCUAUAUACGUACCUACCUAGUACCUAUACGCCUGAACGAAAAAGUAUGGCGCCCUAGCCUAAUAGUAAUUUUAUUCUAGUUAACGAAUGUAUACGAGUAGCCGCUAAGUGAAGGAAAAAAGGAAAAUUAGAUAAACAAAGUAUUUCUAAGAGGAAUCUAAUGUUAAUAAUUAUUUAUUUUGUGGAUCUCCGAACGAAUCUUUAAUUGCUCCACUGUACUAUACGUAAUUAAUAGGCAAGUAGGCCUAGUUUAGUAGUAGGUAAAAAAAAACACCUAUACAUAACGGUAGCUCUGUAUGUGUGAACGUUUUACGUGGCAAAAAUUUCUUUUUUUGUAAUAUAUUAGAAUAUUAAUUGUUUAUCGAUCUGAUCCUGAUGUAUGUAUCUAAAAGCGACCAGGGCCGCACCUGCUUCCUACAAAGAUUGUAACGGAAUGAAAUACUAUAGGGGCGAUUGCCGUUCUGAACGCCAUUGUAAUAUUAUAAUGAUUAUACAACUGCUAAAAAAAAUAAAUGCGAAUUGAAUCUAA